GGCUGAAUCUUGGUGGUUUGGAGGUUUUUAUGGACACAGGAUGCCCAGUGAGUUCUAGAGAUGGACUUGGGCAGGAGGAACCCCCAAGCCAACGUGCUCAGCCCUUGUUUUCCCCCCAUCAGGAUUUGUCCUUCCCAAAGCUUGGGCGGAUGGAGGAGGAGGCUGCGAGGAAGAGGAAGAUGCCUUGGGCCCCCCAGGCAGGUGAGGAGGAAGUCAGUGUCCCUUUGGGCGGGUGUUGUGCUGGCUCUGUCAGCCGAGCAUGGCCCCGGCUGCAGGACAACCCCGCUGGCGCUGCCGUCCUGCCGGGGCCGGAGUUGGGGGGAUGUCCUUGGCCUUCCCUGUGGGCCGGAGGCAAAUCCCCUGCCUGUCCUUCUUGCUUCCUGCCCCAGGCCCCGAGCUGAGGACGGAGAGCCCGGAGGACAAAUCCCCCCGUGAGACCCUGGUGGGAGAGGCCGUUUUGAAGGGCUCCCCGGCGCAGGAAGGCAGCGGGGAGGAAAAGGGCCGGAGAUCCCCCCGCAGGAGGGGCUCCAAAGCCAUCCCAGGGUGCUCUGAGGAGGAAACAGCCAGCCUGUGCCAGGAAGAGGACCGGAGCUUGAGGGGGAGCUCUGAGUUGGUGGUCCCUGAGCAGCCUCCCAGCAGAGAAAAGCCCUUCAGGUGCUUGGAAUGUGGGAAGAGCUUCAGGAGGAGCACUGCCCUCCUCACCCACCAGCACAUCCACACUGGGGAACGGCCCUACUCAUGUGGGGAAUGUGGGAAGAGCUUCCGCCAGAGCUCCCACCUCCGCACCCACCAGCGCAGUCACACUGGGGAACGGCCUUUUUCUUGUAGGGAAUGUGGGAAGAGCUUCAACCGAAACUCCCACCUCCUGACCCACCAGCGUAUGCACACUGGGGAACGGCCCUACACGUGUGGGGAAUGUGGGAAGAGUUUCAGCCGCAGCUCCACCCUCCACUCCCACAAGCACAUCCACACUGGGGAACUACCCUACACGUGUGGGGAAUGUGGGAAGAGCUUCAACUACAGCUCCAGCCUCCGAACCCACCAUCUUAUCCACACCAGAGAACGGCCCUACAAGUGCUCGGAAUGUGGGAAGAGGUUUCAGACCAGCGGGAGUCUCCUCGUGCACCAGCGGACGCACACGGAUGAGAGGCCCUUCCGCUGCACCGACUGCGGGAAGGGCUUCAAGCGGAACUCCCAUCUCAUCACCCACCGACGCAUCCACACUGGGGAGAGGCCCUACAAGUGCUUGGAAUGUGGGAAGAGCUUCAGGGACAGCUUCAACCUGCUCAGACACCAGCACAUCCACACUGGGGCACGUCCCUACAGGUGUAGGGAAUGUGGGAAGAGCUUCAGGGACAGCUUCAACCUGCUUAGACACCAGCAAAUCCACACUGGGGAACGGCCCUACAAGUGUGGGGAAUGUGGCAAGGGGUUUCAGACCAGCUAUGAUCUCCUGAAGCACAAGCCGACACACACAGGGGAGUGGGCCUUCCACUGCACCUACUGCGGGAAGGGCUUCAACCAGAACUCCACCCUUGUCACCCACCGACACAUCCACACUGGAGAGAGGCCCUACAAGUGUGGGGAGUGUGGGAAGAGAUUUCAGACCAGCUCCAGUCUCCUCCAGCACCAGCGGACGCACAGGGAUGAGAGGCCCUUCCGCUGCACCGACUGCGGGAAGGGCUUCAACCGGAACUCCCACCUUGUCAGGCACCGGCGCAUCCACACUGGGGAGAGGCCCUACAAGUGUGAGGAGUGUGGGAAAAGCUUCACCAACAGCUCUGCCUUGACCCAACACCAACGGACCCACCAGUAAGGGAAGCCCCGACUGUGGGAAGAACUUCGGUUGCUGCUUCCACCCUGAAUGAACCCCCUGAUGGUUGAGGCAACCCCUGGAGUCCACUGACUGUCAGUCCAUCCCUUUUGACCAGAAAGGGCCAGUCCCCUUUCCCAGGGGCAGGUUAUUCCAACAGAACUUUUCUUGGGGGGUGUGUGUGCAGAUUCCUGCCUUGGCUGGGGGCCCCCCAAGGUCACUCCUCGAGACUGGGAGCAGAGAUCUUCCCCCGAGUGUUGGUCUGGGGGAGUUCCAUCCAUCUCUAAUUAAGAAUUAUUGCUUUUGUGCCAGCUUGAGUAGAAUUGCUUCAACAAUUGCUUUAGUGUAGAGCACUGUCCUGUCUUAUCCUGUACUUCUGGUAGUUUCCGUAUGUAUAUUGUGCAGUAAAUAAUUCUGAUGAAGAUCUUUUGUCUGAUCAUUUGUAACCCUAAAUAAUUCAUUUCUAUCAAUAAAUCUGAU